CAGCCAUUAAAUCCUGCUUUCAAGGCUUGAGGCAGAGCAAGUCCCAUGUCUUUGGGCUCACAAAGAGAGACCAAGUGAUGCAUUUUAGGGCCUCAAAAACCAGUGACUAAGUCCUGUGUUUUGGGGCCCUGAAACCAGGGUCACUCAGCUGGUGCUUGGGCUCACAGAGAGAGACCAACUCCUGCACUUUGGGGGCUUUAAGGCAGAGACCGAGUCCUGUGGAGUGACCAGUACUGAAGAGGCGGGAAUUUGCAGCGUGGUGCCAGGCCCCAGGCACGGAAGAGGGGGAGAGCCGGGCCAGCGGACGUGUGAGCGGAGCUCCCGGCUGGAAUGCACCAGCUCAGCAAGGGAUUGUCCUGCCUGGGCCAGGCGGGCGCUGUGCCCUGAGCCUGGUGGCCGCAACAGCUGCCCGGACCAUGGCGGGAGCAGACAGUCCCUCGGCCGCCCUCCGGCGCCGCGACCUGUGCGCCCGCGGCAUCCGCCUGGCCGGGAAGAUGCGCUCGGACGUCGUCGACCUCCUGGACGCCUAUGUGGAGCGGCAGGGCCUGGACGCCUCGGUCAGCGUGGCGGCGGUGGAGGGGGUGCCGCUGGCGGCGGUGGAGCGCUGGGACGAGCAGACGGGGACCCAGCGGCUGCUGGAGAACCUGGCGGCGUACAGGGCCUUCCGCGGGCUGCUGGCGCAGAUGCUGGAGGAGCAGCAGGAGCAGCUGGGUGAGGCCGACACUGCCCUGGGCCAGGCGCUGGCGGCCGUGCUGCUCCAGGUCUCGGCCUUUGCCUACCACCUCGAAGAGCUGCUGCAGCUGGAGAGCCGCGGGCCCCCGAGCGACGAGGAGGACGGGCCGCCCCCCCGGCCUCAGGGCAUCUUCGAGCAGAAGCUGCGGGGCCUGGGGGUGCUGCGGGAGCUGGCCCAGUGGGCCGUGAGGUCUGCGCGGGACCUGCGGCAGCUCGCCAAGCCCGGCCCGGGCACCGGCUUGGCCCCCAGCCCGGCCGAGAGCCCGUGAAGG